AUGAAGAAGCUCGAGAAAGAAUGGUCCUGGAAAACAAGUUACUUCGGAAAGUAUCUGAAUAAAUACAAUGGCAGUUACAUUCCUCCUGGUUGGCGAGAGUGGGGCGGCCUCAUCAUGAACUCGAGGUACUACAAUUAUUCAAUCAACCUCAACGGAAAGAAGAUCAAGCAUGGGGACGAUUAUUUUAAGGACUACUACCCCGACUUGAUCGCCAACGACUCCGUGGCUUUCCUGAGGCAGUCCAAACAGUAUUUCGGCCGCAAACCCGUAAUGCUUGUUCUGGGGUUCCCGGCUCCUCACGGGCCUGAAGAUUCGGCGCCCCAAUACUCCAAGAUGUUCUUCAACAUAACUUCACACCAGUAA